GGCAGAGUGGCGGGGGUAUGCAGCAAUGCAAAAGGCAAAGAGAAAAGGCAAGAAGCAGGAGAGGAGAGCGCAGAGAUUAUUGUACAGCGCAUGAGUUCGGACGUUUCUGGAAAACAGCAGAAAUAUACAAGAAUUGGGCCGCAGGAGUACGUGCCCUUUAAUUUGAGCACGAAGAGUUGAGUAUAGCGAACAUCAAAGACGCCUGUAUGACCUCUAUGAAAUACUUCAGGCCUCAGAUCGAGAAAGAUCUUAUUUGCGACGUGCUGGCUGGCGAGUGCGGGCCAUCUUGCGAAAAGAUGGCCCACAUUCCAAACCGAAAAGUUUUUUAUGUGCCAUUCAUAAAACCCGACGGAGGAGAGGUUCUUUCUGACGAGGAAGGAUCGCCGCAGUGCAAAAAGGUGAGAAAUCACGAGGAUAAGAUUUCCGCACAGCGACAUACAUUUAUUAUUAUGCAUGCAGAUAUCUCAUACUACAGUGAAACCUCUAUUAAGCAGAGCCCUAUUGAGCGAACACCAAGCCGGGUCCCGAAAUGAACGUCUGAUAAAUUUCCUUUAUAACGAACCCCUAUUCAGCGCACACCGGCUCUAUUAAGCGGACGCAAAAACUAAAAUAAGUUGUAUUGGGCUAAUUUCUAUUGUUAAAAACCUCUUUAAGCGGACACCGGACUGAAUUGACAAUAGUAGUAUUGGAUUACGUCCUUGAAAUACGUACUGAAGUCAGUUAAUGUCUUUGCAUGAAUUUACAAACAAAUUAAAGUUGGUAACAGAAAGGUAAUGAACUUGAAGUCUGGAUAGCUUCUUUAACAACAUGGAACUUUGUCACUGUACAGAGUAACCAUUGAAUGUUGAUCGUUAACAAACAUUGUGCAAUUUUUACAACCUCUAUUAAGCGGACACUUGGGAAGGUCCCGAAGGUGUCCGCUUAAUAGAGGUUUCACUGUAUUUCACACAAAUGUUAUAUAGAAUAGAGCAGAAACAUGACUGUAUGCAUAAUUCAUGUAUGGAGCUGUACGGAAACCUUAGUUACCAUCAUGAGGAUUAUUUGGAUUAUUUGCUCUUUGGAUUUACAAAUUCUAUGGUUUAGUGCUAUACACUCAAGACUUUCUAGAUAUUUUACAUUUUUGGUUAAGUACAUUAAGAACCAAAUGUAAGACCUCAGGCUUCGGAUCCCAUAGAAAGACAGCACAUAAGUUUAAAUGAACUAGGAGAAGUUGAGUGAUGUGCCUUUAGAGUUGUUAACAUUAGCUCCAAUAUUUCUUGACGUUUUUCAGUGUCACUUACAUGCAUCAUUCGCAUUCCAUACCCGUUUUCAGACCUGACAUGUGAAUGUUGUACCCAAUUUGUGAACCCAGUACAUUGUCCAAGUGAACCCACCAUACUGUUUUUAAAAGCUUUUUUUUUCAUUAGUUAUUACUAUUUGACACUGAAUGUUCUUAUCCAUUUGGAGCUGACAAAACAAAAUAAUAUGUCCAAACAUUUUCUUGGGUAAAAUUCUCUAGAAAACGAUACCCUAUUUCAGACCAUAAUGGAGAAAAUCUGUGCCCGUUUUCAGACAAAAACAAAUCAAAAACAAUACUCUUUGGGCAGCACAUACCUAAAGCUUAUUUCAAAAAGGGGUUGGUUAACUCUCAAAGUUAAUCUUGACCUCAGCAUUGCAACUAUGAAGAAACUUAUCAAACCCAUGCUGAAACCCUAGAUCAAUCCAAUGGCGGAUCCAGACCUUCAGAUAAGGGGGGGCACCCUGGUCAUCCAGACCAUGAGAUAAUGGGGGGAGGGGGGCCUGGUGUCAAAGAAAUUUGUUCGGCCCUUCGGGCCUCAGUUUGGCUUAAAAAUAAGGGGGGCCCGGGCCCUUCCUUUGGAUCUGCCACUGAAUCUACCGACUGCAAAUGAUGCAUGUACAGCCAAGUACAUUAAAAGGCAGAAAAAGACAUCAAGGAAUAAGUUUGCUUCAGUUGAUUUGUAGCUGACAGGCUAAUGUUUGGCUCAGUGUCUUCAUCUUGUCUAAAUUUGAUCUGACUUCUUUACUGUCUUGUAGCCAGUCCGUCUUUGUACUCUAUGGGUAUUCUUUUGAUACAUGUAUGGUUACAAAUUCUUCCCCUUGUAAUCUUUGUUAUACAUAAGUAGUUUUGUUUUUAAUUUUUGGAUCUGAUCCACAGCCAAAGAAAGCACGACCAUCCAAGAGGACAAAUACACAAUCCCUGCCAGCUACCAAAGCCCAAAGCCCAAGUAAAGCCUUCCCAAAGAGUCUGUCAGUGUUAGGAAUGAUGAAACUUGGUAAAGUUAUCAAAGAAAAGUCCACUGUCGGAAUUGAGCUGUUCAAGUUUGAUCUCACUGAUAUGGUGUCACGUCACUCACUGUUAUGA